GGACAUUAGAACUACCACAAGAAGUGACUGUGGAAAACCGUGUUCAGUGAAAUGCAGUAAAAAAAAUUAUUUGAGAAGAAUGAAUGUGAUCAUGUGAUAUAUUAUUUAGAAAUCCAUACUAGAAUAACCAUUUGUAGUUUAGAGAUCAUUGUGAUGCCACUAGACAAAACCAAAGAAAAUGCAGCCGGUAAUCCCACAAUCAACACUUCCAUGUCUGUACCAUUACUACAACAAGCAGGUUCACACGAGUUAUCAGAUUUAUCACCACCAAACGCACAAACGAAUAAAUUUCACACGAAGAGACUAGCGACGCUGAGGCAUGGAGACAGUCUGGAAAACGACCGAUUUAUGUACCACCCCUAUAUACUCAGCUACUACGAAGGGGAAAAUGGAGAGCCGAAACCGCGCUUACGACCUAAAGCACCCAAACAGAAUUCCGAAGACAAUCAGGACAUGGCUGCCAUGUCAAUCGUGAGUCUGUACAAAAGCGGCGAUAACUUGGACUCAGAAAUGUAUACUGAAAGAGACUCCGAUAGUCGGCCAAAAACCAAACCCCGAAUCGUCAUACCAGAGAGUUCGAUCGAAUCUCAAGAAUGUGAAACUCAACCAAACCACAACGAAUCUAGUCAUAAAGCGAGCGGAAACCGAAAAAGCGAGAGCCCCGGCUGUCGAAUACCCACGAUUUAUUUUGAAGACGGCAUGAGGUCUGUGGAUUUUGUGCUGGUAUGGGACGCUUUCGAGGAUGACGCCAUUACGGAAGCAGCGUACCAGAAGAGGAAGGUUUUUGAGGCGAAUUUGGUCGCAGACGGACUCGAACUGGAAUAUGUACCCCAGGAGAGCAACGGGUUGAACUUCGUUAAGAUACACGCACCAAAGGAAGUGCUGAGGAGGUACGGAGAAAUAUUGAAGCUGCGGAUGCCGAUGAGAAAGUUGCUACAGGAAUUGUGUAAGUUACCCCGAGAAUUCCGUCAGAAUCGUUUAUAUAACACCCCGGCUUUUAUCGCUCAGAUGCCAGCCUUUCAGCAAGUACAGUCAAAAACAAAUUUUCUCGUUGAAGAGAUAACCAGCCAAUGGGAUAAGCUCAAAUCGUACGUCAUAGUAGACACUGAGAAAUUUCCAGAGAAGAACCAACGCUUUACGGCUGUCUACAGCCGCGAUAGAGAAUAUUUGUUUGACGUAGAUUCGCCUUGUUUUUUCACUCCCGCUAUACACUCGAGGAUUGUUCAGUUCAUUCUCGACCGUAAGAAGUACAGCGAUAAGGAACAUGACGAUUUUUCGUUCGGGAUAGAGAAGCUUUUGAAUGAGAGUGUCUACAGUGCUGCGUAUCCACUGCACGAUGGCGACUUAAAACAACCAGGGUCCCUGCGCUACCUUUUGUACAACGAGUGGACGGCAAUAAGAAAAUGGUACCGUUACCAACCGCUGGACUACGUCAAAGACUACUUUGGGGUAAAAAUCGGGCUAUAUUUUGCCUGGUUGGGUUUUUACACCCAUAUGUUACUACCAGCCGCCAUCGUAGGCUUUUUAUGUUUCGUUUAUUCAUGCGUCACACUCUACAACAAUAAACCAAGUGAAGACAUUUGCAACUCCAACAACACAAUAAAAAUGUGCCCUUUAUGCAACCACUGGUGUAACUACUGGGACCUAACAGAGACUUGCACCCACGCAAGAAUUACUUAUCUUUUCGACAAUGCAGCGACAGUUUUUUUCGCAGUGUUUAUGUCUUUUUGGGCGGUCCUUUUUCUGGAACUAUGGAAGCGUUAUUCAGCGGAAAUCACCCAUCGAUGGGACUUGACGGGUUUCGAUAUUCAGGAGGAGCACCCACGACCACAAUAUUUAGCCCGACUUGCCCACGUUAAAAGACAGGAAGUUAACGUAGUGACUAAUCUACCAGAACCACACGUCCCGUUUUGGAGGUUGAGGGUUCCCAUAACAAUUUUUAGUUUCUCAGUGGUGAUGUUAAUGGUUACAAUGGCCCUAGCGACAGUCGUCGCUAUUGUCGUUUAUCGAAUGUCAGUGCUUUUCUCGUUGAGGGUCUACUCAGAUACCGUUGACAACAGUCAGGCGAUUUUGUUCACAACGGCUACAGCGGCCUGCAUUAAUUUAUUUUUUAUUGUGAUAUUCAAUUGGUUCUAUAAUUACGUGGCUGAGUAUUUAACUGAGUUCGAGCUUCUCCGAACGCAGACGGAAUUCGACGACUCGUUGACUCUCAAGAUAUAUUUGCUACAGUUCGUGAAUUAUUACGCUUCGAUUUUUUAUAUAGCGUUUUUCAAGGGGAAGUUCAUUGGUUCGCCCAAAGAUUAUGAAAAAUUGUUUGGUUUUCGACAAGAGGAGUGUGGUCCUGGUGGUUGUUUAUUGGAGCUUUGUAUCCAACUCGCUAUUAUCAUGGUCGGAAAGCAAGCCAUGAAUACCAUCCUCGAAAUGUUGUUUCCGUUGUUUUUUAAAUGGUUGAACACCAUCAAAGUUAAGACUGGACUUACCAAAGAUCGCUCUUGUAAAGGAGAGCGGCCGCAGUGGUUGAAGGAUUAUAAAUUGGUGGAGUGGGGGCCGAGAAGUUUGUUUCCAGAGUAUCUGGAAAUGGUACUGCAGUACGGUUUUGUCACCAUUUUCGUGGCAGCUUUUCCAUUGGCGCCGUUUUUUGCUCUUUUGAAUAACGUCCUGGAAAUGCGUCUGGAUGCCAGGAAGCUUAUAACGUUUUAUAGACGACCCGUUAGUCAGAGGGUCAGGGACAUAGGGGUGUGGUACAGGAUUUUGGACUCUAUUGGAAAGCUGUCAGUUGUUACAAAUGGUUUCAUCAUUGCCUUCACUUCCGAAUUUAUCCCACGUUUCAUAUACAGAAUAUACGUAAGCGAAGACUACAGUUUAAACGGUUACUUAAACUAUUCUCUGUCGUACUUUGAUUCCCGCGAUUUCGAGAAUGAAUCGCUGCCACGAGCCGACAAUUCCCAUGUGGUCUGCAGAUAUCCAGACUUUCGAGAGCCGCCUUGGUCCGACACCCCCUACGCAAGAACACCGACAUACUAUCACAUUUUAGCAGCUCGUUUGGCCUUUGUUGUUAUUUUUGAAAAUGUGGUAGCUUUCAUAAUAAUUAUAAUCAAGUGGUGUAUACCGGAUAUACCCGGCGAACUCAAAGACAGGAUAAGGCGCGAAGCUUACAUUACCAAUGAAAUUAUUAUCAAACAAGAGACAAUCAGGGCACAGAAUGGUUAUCUUUAUCCAUCACCUACUUUACAUAAUGAUGUUGUACGUAAUCUCCGUGAGUGUCCCGCUACUCCUGAACAGUGGGACCGGUUGCUAAGUAAUUCGUUAGCUGGGACCGAUUUUGAUUUAAUGGUACAUAGUAGUGGUUAUCCUGAAAAUAAAGAUAAUCAAGAUCAAACUCCUAUGAGUAUCUAGUUCCUUAGUUGCUAGUCUUUUUUGAGUGAUAUUUUUAGCAGUUGUGGUUUGGAUUUAUACUCGCUGAGAUUUACAUUAGACUAACUCAAAACCAAGAGAUCUGAAAAUACUGUAAACUUAAAUAUUUAUUUUUAAAGUGGAAAUAGGUUUAAAGACAGAAUAUUUUUUACCCAUAGUUUAAAGGAUAUUUUAUUCAGGAGAGUUUUUACAUUUUUGGCCCGGAUUGUUGUGCCUUUUUUAAAUUGACCCUCCGAAAAUAGUUUUAGAAGUCAUUUUCAUCCACAAAUCGCAAUGCUUUUACGAUAAUCGAUUUUAUGUGUUGUUCCUAUUUUUUUUUAUAUCUCGAAAUUACGAAAAAUACUGUGAUAACAUUAGUCGCUUUUGGUGUAAAAAGUCGAAAUUCAUUUGUAACGUUUCCAGUAGCUGCUCAUAAUGUGUCUAAUGUACUUAAGUCCAUUAUCGAAUUUUUUGUUUCUCAGUACCAGUUAAAUUGAAUAUACUCGAGUGUUGCUUAUACGUGUAAACAAACAAUACGUAAGUAAGUAAGUAAGUAUAAUACAAACGACUGUAGAUCUUCCAUUUGUUUUUCCGUCUGCAAAUUCAUUAUUAAUAUUUAUAUAUUAUAUAGGCUGUGGAAUAUUUUAGGUGAAGUGUUGUUUUCUCAUGCUGAACGAUUUAUUUCGUAAUGCUUAGACUCGAAUUGUUAACUCAUGAAUUUUAAUAAUUUUAUGUACUUAUAAGUGAAUAAAUGCUUCCAAGA